ACAGUGCCGGACACAAUCCUAGAGCCCCAGCUGUGGCAGCUAUGGUGAUGGCUCCCACCCUCGGAAGUCGCGCAGGGAGACCUUUGCAGGAGCUUUUGCCUGACUUGGCUGCGUCCCUGAGUGUGUUGUAUCCGUUGUAUCCCGGACAGGGACAGAGCAAAGAGCAAAGGAAGCGACCCAUGGACCCGAGGGAGAAGGCAGCAAAACAGGCAGAGGCAGUUCAGGAACAGUUGAGAUUGCAGUUUGAGCAGAUUUCUGGACCAAGUGGAUCCAAAAGAAGUGUCCAGAAGCUUGCGAAGGAAAAAACUCAAGCACAUCCUAAGAAGGGAGCAAAGAAGGAAGGCCGCACCGAGGGAGAAGAACCUGUGACGGUUGUGACGGCAAAGUGCAAAGAGCCUGAGAUCCCGGAGCCGAAGCCGAAGGAGCCGAAGGAGCCGAAGGAGUCGAAGGAGAAGGCAUCUCAAGCCAAAAGAAAGGUCGAUGUGAAGAAGCCGAGCAUGGAGGGCAUGCAAGGCAUCCAGAGUAUCUGCUCGCAGUCACCUUCCGGGAAGUCCCUGAAACGCCUGUCGAACACCCAGAGUGAGAAGAAGUCGCAGAAGGCACAGAAGGAUCAGAAGGAUCAGAAGGAUCUGGCUAAGCUGCCCCAAUCCAGGGAGGCAAAGACCAAGCUGAAAGUGCAGGAGUCGCAGAAGGCACAGAAGGCCAAGAAACUGAAGACUGGCGAGGAGCUCAAGGAGAUCGACAGCAAGGAGAUUGGUUUUCGAUCAGCUCCUUCUGAGAAGUCCUCUGAGGUCCUGCGCGGUGCAAGACCCAUCCAGUCCAUUCGAAGCAUGGAGAUGAAUGUGGUACAGCCGGCAUCCAAAUUCCCUAUGGCCUCAGAGCUCACGAUCUUCAUGCAGAACUUGGCUGUCCGGAAGAACCUGCGCGCCUGAGCUGGUGGCGUCGUGGCGUCGUCCAUGUAGAGACGGCACCGAUGGGGGGCCGAGGCCACGAGAUUCCACACUGCAUAGCAGUGCACUCAGCAUCCAUCAGCAUCCAGUAUAUUCCAGUACCAGAGAGGUUUGCCC